AAUGAGACGAAAGCUGUCGAAAGAAAUAAGUCGAAAAUAAAGAAAGAAUCUACUAUGAAAAACUACUUAGAAUGUGAUCAGAAUUUUUAUCAGUAAUUACCAAAGAUUGAAAAAGUAAAGAGAUUAGCGAAGACAAGAAAACGAUUUGUGGUCAAAUUUGGUGUUUGUUGCUGAUAGUAUCUGACUUGCGUAAAGCAAAGGCGAUUUAAAUUAAGGUUCAGGAACAAAAAAUACGACUGCCGAAAACUUAUUUUAUUAAACACAAUUGCGAAUUGACGACACUUUUGUUUUUAAUUUUUCCAUUAUACUUUAAGACAGGACGAAAUGUCAUGCUGAAAGAAAAAAACAGGUUUCUCUUGGGUUAUUAAAGUUUAGACUUAUAUGUAAAAAAGAUGUCACCGCCUCGGAAAGUAACAGCAGAUUUGUAUCUUCACAAUUUACACUGUAAUGUGAAAAGCAUUAUAUGUAACAGAUUUCUACGACUCGUUGUCUUCUUGGUAAUAACAGCAACUUUCGGGGCAUGCAGUGAAACCGCCACUACAACAAGACACACGAAAACACGGGCACCAGACGAAAAACCUGACCAGGCGUUCUGGGGCGGAGUAUUCACGCCCCCGCUGCCACAAGAUAGUAGCCGCUCUAAUGACAGACAUGGAAGCGAAAUAACAAAACAGAUCGAGGAGAUGUUUCGAGACCAUAAUUAUGAGUUGAGCAUUCGGCCCAGAAACCAUGGAAAACCAAUACGUGUUGGUCUGGCCCUGAUGAUCGAAAGCAUUACUGACAUUUCGGAAAAGAACAUGGACCUGACGUUUACGCUAUGCAUGCACGAGACCUGGACGGACACUCGGUUAAAAUUUAUCUCAAAUUCUGACGACAACAGCAUUGUGCUACCGAGUAGAUUAAUCAGCAAGCUAUGGGUGCCAGAUCUGUACAUUGUCGGUUCAAAGAGCUCAUUUAUCCACAAAACUACGGUUGAUAAUCUUGUUUUGAGACUUUUUAACGACGGCAGCAUUUUUUACAACGUACAGUGA